CCCGUCACUUUGAUUCCUCUCUCCUGAGGAAGAUGACCUAGAAUAGCCUCUCAAACCUCUGACAAUGCUUGUACUGCAAACCUGUCACUGCCAGACCAGGGUGAUGCAGCAUUUCCCGGAAGGCAGUUUCCAGUUAAUGAAAUCUGCUUUCAGUUUUGCUCUCCCUCCGCUGUUUAAGAGCGGCAGAGUUCCUCGCCGGCUGUCAGAUCACAAUCUCCUUCAUUGCAGCAGGAAGGUUUGUCAGAAUGGCGUCUGGGAGCUACAUGGAGGCACCUAUGUGUCUGAUCGAAAACAGACAAGAUGGCAAGCUGGUGCUCAAUGAGGCAGCGUUCCAGCUUCUCUCCAGCAUUAAGGAGACCCUCGUGGUUGUGUCUAUUGUGGGAUUUUACAGGACCGGCAAGUCCUACCUGAUGAACCGAUUGGCGGGACAGAAUCACGGUUUCUCCCUCGGAUCGACUGUCCAAUCCCACACCAAGGGUAUCUGGAUGUGGUGCGUGCCUCACCCAAAGAAACGGAAUCACUGCCUGGUGUUGCUGGAUACAGAAGGUCUGGGAGAUGUGGAAAAAGGUGACCACACUAACGACUGCUGGAUCUUCUCCCUGGCCGUGCUCCUGAGCAGCACGUUUGUGUACAACAGCGUGGGGACUAUUGACCAGUACGCACUGGAAAAACUCCAUUUUGUUUCCAAUCUGACGGAGCUGAUCAAAGUGAAGGCUGAUCAAGGAGGUGAUGAUGAAGAUGAAGAGUUGGAUUUACUGAAGGUCUCACCGGCCUUUGUCUGGGCAGUGCGGGAUUUCACCCUGGACCUGAAAAUCAAUGGCCAGAAUGUCACAGCCGAUGAGUAUUUGAACCACGGCCUACAACUCAAAAAAGGUGUUGCAAAGAAAGUGAUGGAGUAUAACCAGCCCCGGGAAUGCAUCAGGAAUUACUUCCGGUCCCGCAAAUGUUUUGUUUUUGUUCAGCCGACUGCCAGCACCAAUCUAAACCAGGUGGAGACGCUGCCGGAAAGCCAGCUUGACCCACAGUUCCGUGCGGUGUGCCGAGAGUUCUGCCAGUACAUCUACAGUGAAUCACAGCCAAAAACAGUCAAAGGUGGCCACAGGAUUAACGGUCGGAUGUUGGCCAUUUUGACUCGAGCCUACGUAGAAACUAUUGACAGUGGGAAGGUACCUUGCAUUGAGGAUGCUGUGACCUGUAUGGCUAAGAUUGAAAACACAGCUGCCUUCCAGAAUGGCCUCACUCACUACAAGGAGCAGAUGGGGCAGAGGGUGCAGAUGCCAAUGGAAACCGCAAAGUUGACAGGAAUACACUCCCUGUGUCGAGAUGAGGCCAUCCACCUAUUCUUGAAGAGCUCCUUCAAUGACCAAGAUCAGGAAUAUUACAAGAAACUACUGACUGAGGUGGAGCAGCAUUAUUUUGAGGUUUGUGACAAGAAUGAAGCUGUUUCCAUGGAGACGUGUACAAAAUUGCUGGAGACCCUGUCCUGUGAAAUCGAGGAGAAACUACGAAAGGGAUUGUACACAUGUGCAGGAGGAUAUGAGCAGUAUGAAGAGGAUCACAAGAAGAUGAUUGAGAAAUUCCGUGUAACUCCAGGAAAGGGGAAUAAGGCUGAAGAAGCCUUGAACUCAUUCAUGAAAAGAAAAACUUCAGAAGCUGAUUCAGUGCUGCAGGCUGACAAGAGGCUGACAGAUCAGGCCAGAGAGCUGGCAGUUGAGCAGCAGAGAGCUGCUGAGAUUAAACAAAAGGCGAAGGCUCAGGAAGAAGCAUUGAAGAGCCUCGAGGAAAUCAGGAACAACGAGAAGGCGUUUUAUGAAGAAAGUACCAAACAACUGCACUUGAAGAUGGAGGAAGAGAUAGGGAACUUGCAGCGAGAGCAGGAGUCAGCACUGGAAUGCAAACUGAAAGAGCAGAAGGAAUUAAUGGAGAAACAGUUUCAAUCAAAAGCUGAGAUGAUGGAUGAGCAAAUCAAGACCCUGAGGAAGCAACAAGAAUCUGCCAGGUCCUCCUUUAAUUGGGAAAGUUUUGCUUCAAUAGCUAAGGGUGCAUUAGACACUAUAAUUAAUGCUUAUACAUCACAUAAAACCAUGAAGCUGUUGACCAAGAUAUAAUCCUCCAAUACAUUACCCCAGGUUAGAACAGGUAUUGUUUUGCCACAUAUUUGGGUGUAUUUUAGCCUUUAUUGCAUAACUGAUCGCAUGCCCUUAAUAUAGCCUACACAAUCUUAAUUCUGCUGUCGUAAAAUAGGAUCAAAUUGAGCAUGAGCUGUUAUUUCUUGAGGGACAGAAUUGAAAGGGAGGGAUAUUUUCUCAAUCUUACGUUGAGUGGAUUGGUUUAUGAGGAGAGACUGAGUAGACUGCGAUUAUAUUCAUCAGAAUUUAGAAGAAUGAGGAGGGGGAUCUGAGAGAAACAUAUAAAAUUUAUGAAGGGAAUAGAUAAGAUAGAUGUAGAGAGGAUGUUUCCAUUGGCAGGUGAAGCUGGGACAAGAGGACAUAGUCUCAGAAUUAGGGAGAGCAGAUUUAGGAUUGAAUUGAGAAGGAACUUCUUCACCCAGAGGGUUGUGAAUCUGUGGAAUUUCCUGCCCAGUGAAGUAGUUAACACUACUUCAGUAAAUGUUUUUAAAGCCAAGAUAGUUUUUUUUUUGAAGAACAAAGAAGUUAAAGGUUAUGGUGAGAGUGCGGGUAAGUGGAGCUGAGACCAUGAAAAGAUCAGCCCUGAUCUUAUUGAAUGGCGGAGCAGGGGCUCAAAGGGCCGGACGGCCUACUCCUGCUCCUAGUUCUUAUGUUCUUAUGUCAGCUAACUUUGGUUCGAGGCACGGAAGAGGAUGCAACUUAGUUUAACAAGGAGGAUGGCAGAAAUGGGUAGGUUCACAGAUCAGGAAAGAAUUGAAAGGACAGCUCUCUUUUCUCAAUGAAGGCUGAGCAGGUGACCUAACCUUGACGUGUGAUUGGAUAUCCAGCAUGGAAACAACCCAACAAGGCCUUGCUGAUGCUCACAUUCCUCCCAUCUUCACCCCUCAUGGUAACCAUCUAUAGGCUUCUCCUUAAUAUUGCUGUCUUGUUUCCUUUACGUGCAUUGAGAUAAUUCAAGGUCCAUAUUCUUCCCAAUCUCAGGAUGAAGAGGUUUCCCUGUUGAUGGCCUCGAGCUCUGCUCUUCACCACAAAAGAAAACAUUCUCCAUCCAAACUUCUCAUCAUUUUAAAGGCCUGAUAGGUCAGCCCUCAAUCUUCUCAUUUUGAGAUUGGUCUGACCCUGAUCAGUUUAGUCAGACAUUCUGAGCAUCUUCCUUGUAGCCUUUUCUGUAGCCUCUCCAGUGCCUCUACAAUUUUUAAAUAAUGGUCAGACUCCCAAACUGCACUUUGGACUAUGAGGUUCAGCACAUCAUUGCAGCUUGUCAAUGCUAGCCCUCAAGAAAUAAAAACUCAGUCUUUAGCUAGCUUUACUUUCUGGCUUUGCUGAUCUGUGUGGGGAUUCUUUAAUUCUAGAUUCCUUUGUUCCUCCAUUCCAGCGAGACGCCAGGAUAUUGGUGCCUUCCUCCUUAUUCCAACAAAAUGCAUUUAUUUGGAUCGACAUUAUUUGCUAAUUAUUUGUGCCUCUGCCAGUUUAUUAAUGCCUUCCUGUAAAUUGUUACAGCCCUCCUCAGGAUUGACUAUUCUGCUCACUUAGAAUUUAGUUUUGUGGCAUGCCAAAGUCUUUUUCCCUAAAGUGAAUUGAAAAGAACAUGAUGUAUAGCAGGGUCUAGAUUAGAGUGGUGCUGGAAAAGCACAGCAGGUCAGGCAGCAUCCGAGGAGCAGGAAAAUUGACGAUUCGGGCAAAAGCCCUUCAUCAGGAAUAGAGGCAGGGUGUGCCUGCAGAGUGGAGAGAUAAGUGAGAGGGGUUUGGGGUUGGGGAGAACGUAGCAUGGAGUACAAUAGGUGAAUGGGGGUGGGAAUGGAGGCACUGGUCCUUAUGAAAUAUUACUUCCCAGUUUCUGUCACUCUGACUAACUAGCUUCACUUCACUCUAUGCUUUUCUGCUGUAAAACCAGUAUGUACUCUAUUCUGCCAAGCUUUCCCACCUUAUUCGUUUAGUCUAUUAUGGGUCAAUUGUUCAGGGCCUUUUAAAAAUCUAGAUAACUCACAUCUACUGUGUGUCCACUCUCUGUUGCUUCUUCAAAACAUUCAAGGUUGAUCAAGCUUAAAUUUCCAUUCAUGAUCUAUGCUGGUGAUUCAUAAUAAAUCAAAUGAAAUCAAUUCAUUAUCCAGUUCUUCAUUUCAAGAUGUUUUCUCUCCUUUUAUGACAUUUACGUUAUUUAUCCAACUGACUGGUCUAUAAGUCACCAGAUAUAUUUUGUCCCCUUUCUUAAAUCCUGGAGUUUUGAGUUCUCUGGCUUCUCCACCUUUCCUGAAUGGGUUAUUAAAUAAGAUGCCUCUCCAUCUCCAUCCUGAAACUCUUUUAAAAUUCAUGGAUGCUAUUCAGGUGGAAGAUUAUUGUCAUCCAGGGCGUGAAGGCUAAAAUCUUGGCUAGUACCAUUCCCUGUCAACUACUUGAACAUGGCUUUUGAGUGUUCAUUCUGAAAGUAUUGUUGCUGUGGGAGUGGGAGAAUGGGAAACAACACAUGAACACAUCAGCCUUAAACCAGGAACACCAUCAGUUCCUUAAUCUCCAGUUUAUUUAUUAAUGGUAAUCUUAACCCUGGUAUCCCUCUAAACAUCUACAAUGAGCCUCAGUGGAAGCAAUGCAGUGAGUCAUCUGGCCUCAGAGCCACUUACUUUAUAAGUGGGGGAUCCUUCCGAAGUAUUGAGCUGUCUCAGGGAAGCCCUGGUGUUGCUGUUUUAAAAUGUUUUGUGCAGAGUACUGAGUCAGGUAAGUCUUACAGUUAAAUGGUGUGUAAAAUACACAUGGUCUAGUUUUAGGUGUCAUAUUAUCAUAUUUUUGAACUGAAUAUUAUUUUAGUGAAUGAAUGUAACAGUGAACAUAAGACACUGCUAGAAACAUUCACCAUUUCAAAACUAAUUUUGGACAUGACUGCUGCUGAUGAUUUUUUGUGUGAUUUUGCAUGUGUUUUCUUCCACAUUUUUCUUUCAUUAGAAAAAGAAACUCAAAGUUAUAUGGGUGACGUGAAAAUUGCUGGGAUGGUAAAGAUGGUGGAAGAUGGCCUAAGGCUACACAAGGAUAUAGGUAGGCUGUGGACAGAUAGUGGUGAAUGGAAUUCAAUCCAGAUAGGCCUGAGGUGAUGCACCUGGACAGCACAAACAGGCAAGGGAAUACGUGAUGAGCAGAAGUACUGAGGAUCAGAUGGACCUGGGUAUGUACACAGGUCUCUUAAGAUAUCAGGAUAACAUGGUUAAGAAAACAUGUGGGAUGCUUCCUUUAAGAGCAGGGAUGGAUAUGCUGGAAUUUAUAACGUAUUGCUUAGGUCACAUCUGAAUGUACCAGGAUGUUGCCUGAGCUGGAGAGCUUUGGUUAUGGAGAGAGAUUGUACAGACUAGAGUGUUUCCCUUGGAGCAGAGGAGACUGGGGAAGGGGGGAAAUGACUGAGUUACAUAAAAUUAUGAGCGGCAUAGACCAGAGGGAAUCAAUGACUGGUACAGAUUUCAGGGAAGGGGCAGGAGAUUUAGAGACUAUGUGAGGAAUAGAACUUGUUCAGUUUGGGAUGAACUGGUGGGCAUGGAUGAGUUGGACUGAAGGGUUUGUAUUACUCUAUAAAAGCUUGCUUGCCCAGCGGGAGGUAGGAAUCUAGAACACCUUGCCUAUAAAGAAUGGUAGAGGAAGAAAUCUAUAUGAUAUUUAAAAAGUAUUUCAAUGUGCAUUUGUGAUGCCACGCCUAACAAGGAUGUGAGCAAAGUUCUGGAAUGUGAGAUUAGAAUAGUUAGGUUGUUUUUAAGUGGCACAAGUUGAUGGGCUGAAUGGUCUUUUUCUAUGCUAUAUACCUGCAUGACUUGAACAUUUGGAUAGGGCACGUCUGCAUUUUUAUUGACAGAAUGAUAAAGUUCUGCUGUAAUUACUCUGUCAAUAUGUUCAGCGAGUUGGGGGAGUGGGGUUCAAAGCUCAAUUCAACUCCAGUUUCACCCAGCGGCCAGGAAUAUUUUUACUGGAGGGUCAACGAUGACCGAGGUGAAUGCUUUGGACACACCGGUUCAAAUGCCACCCCAGCAGCUGCUGAAAUCAGAAGCUAGUCUGUGAUGGUGACUGUAGGCUACUACAAAAGCCACCUGGUUAGGGAAGGAAACUUGCUGCCCUUACUUAGUCUAGAUGUACACAAGACACUAGACCCACAGCCAUGGGGUUGACUCUGAAUUGCCCUCUGAAAUGUCUCUCCCAUACUAUUUAGUUGAAGGGCAGUUAGGGUUGGGCAACAAAUGGUGAUCUUGCCAAUGACACACUCAACCCCUGUAGGAAUGUAGAAGAAAGAGGGUAUAAUGGGAAAGCACACUGGCAUAGUUCCCCCCUCCUCCACCACACACACUCUGCCCUGUGUUUGUGCAGCUUACUUAUUCAUAUUCAGGUGAAACCAGGUCUGUUAAUAAUGUGACAUGUACUGUUUGAUGUCACUGACAGAGUUCGGGAAGCUGAGGUUUGAUGCAGUAUGGCUGACCUCUGCCCUCAGCAAUGACCUCUCAUCAUUGUUCGCCCCUGCAUCCAAAUCAAUGCAGAGUUGUGACAAAUCUCCCAGUGAAGGCAAUCACACUUACAUCUGGUGUGAACACCUGAGUGAAGACCUGACCAGGGCUGACCAGGUCACCAUACCUCAGGUGAGGGGAGAGGUUAAGAUGGAGAGUCUUUCAGUCAUGGAUGGGAAUUGAACCCACACUUUUGGCAUUGCUGCUUCACAAAAACAGCCAAGAGCUAACCAGUCUCCCCUGGGCUGAAUAUAAUGGUGCUAAAUUGCUUUUAAAAAGUGCAUUUAAUGCAGUACAAUGUAUUUAUGAUGUUUUUAAACAGUCAGUUCUUUUGUUUACAAUGUUAUACACUCCGCCUUUGUAACUGAGGUCAUGUUGAGUCUGGACUACAGUAUUUACCUGACUUGUUGGCAGCCUGCAAAGUCAUAGUUGUAUUUUUUUUUCCAAAUACCUCUGCUUAGCUGCUGUCUGCAGUGAGAAGCUCUUUUCUCCAUUGUAUGGCUCUCCCUAACUCUGGAAAAAUUCCUGCCCCAGAUUUUCUCUGAAUCUGACAUUAUUAUCUUGCAAAACUUUUCUUGUUCC